GACGUGUGAAUAUGCAUGGACAGCAAAUGCACACCUCCAAGAACUCCCUGGUUGGCCAGGUUCAGAUGAAAGCUUGAUAAAAGGUUGGCAACCUCGGGAUGUUAAAUAAAUGGCCCUUGACAGGAAACAAAACAAUUAAAGAGCCAUUUCCUAUAUGACCCCCAACUUCCUUCCAUAUUUAAACAGCCCGACGAUAAGUCCCGAGAGUUAAAUCAACCAUGUCUAUCACCGCCGCGCGCCGUGAAGAUAUCGGGAGGCUCGAAACGAGCAUCAAUGAUGCAAUCACAUGGAUGGAGGACAAAUCGACGGAACUUCAAGCUAUGGUAGAUCUUGUCAGUAGUAUCUCCAGAGAGAGACGGGAACAGAUGUCGCGCAGCGCGUCUAGUUCCACCCGCAAGAACAAGAUGGGGGAAACUGUCAGUAUCGACGACACUAUCCAGAAAUAUGAACGAAUGAUAACCGAGCUGAGAACCGCUAUUGGAAAUAAGCGGCGCGAAGCGGACAGGCUGAAGAACGAGAAGCGUGACCUGGAGAAAUACGAAGACGGUAUUUGAGGUCAGGUCAUGCCCAC